GCUCAGGACAGACAUCAGGAGGCUGUUGAGUGUCUGCUGCGCUGUAGAGAGAUGCUCCAGCGGCUGCCCAAAGAGACUGGCUAUCUGUCUCUAAUGUGUUACAACUUUGGAGUUGACUCCUACAAUCAAAGGAAAUAUGAGGAAAGUUCGUUUUGGUUGAGUCAGAGUUAUGACAUCGGGAAGAUGAAUGUGAAUUACUCCCCAGGGACUAAAGUGCAAGCAAAAGUAUUGAGGCUCCUUGCAACAGUAUAUGUUGAGUGGGAUUGCCAGCGGUUUAAGGAGAAAGCUCUGAGUGCCAUCAGCUUAGCCAAUAAGGAGUGCAUCUACCCCGCUGGGCUGUACCUGAAGAUCCGCAUCCUGCUGACUAGUGGAGCCCCUGAGGAGCAGGUCAGAGCAGCACUCACUGAGCUCCUGGAGUGUGAGGUGACUCUUGACAUGUGUUUAAGCUCCGUCAGGCUGCUGAUGGGGGAGGACAGAGAGUUGCUUGCCUUUGACUUCCUUAAGAAGUUGUGCCAGCACUUCCAGUCAUCCCCCGAUCUUGGCUCUGCCCUGGUGCUUCACAUCGAGCUGCUGCUGCAGAGAGGCAAGGAGCUGCUGGGCAAGCAGAAGAUUGAAGAUGUCAUCACAGGUACUUAGCACUCAAAAUGCCCA